AACAUUUGUCUGUAAACAUCCCUUGAGUUGUUGUAUGAAAAAUUGUGGUAGUUAGAUUUGAAUAGCAUAUUUUUUUGACGAAACGUCUUAAAUAUAAUUUAACUAUGGCCCAUCAGACCAUGAAGCAUGAUGCUCCGUCCACAGCAGCAAGUUGUGAUGAAGACUAUCACCUCUCUUACAAAUAUUUACUCCGCCAGAGGCUGUCGCUGGACAUUAAAACCUGUUUUAAACUUGGGACAAAAACCAAUGCUGGUGCUCCCCAAAGAAGUGAGUACCUGUGUGCUGAGAGGAUUCCUAAGAAAAAAACCCUCACUGGCACUCGCUCAAGCCAUGUACCCAAAGAAGCAAAGGACCUUAAGCACCAGAAGUCUGCUAAAAAGCCCUUGCUUUUAAAAGCAAUGCAAGAAUACAGAAAAACGCUGAAGGGUCACCAGUGCACCAAUGUGAAAAAACAUCUGGAGAAGAAUGCCAGCUAUGGAUGUACACAGCCUAUGGUGCAUUCCAUCAAUGAGCAACUUCCUUAUAAGCAACUCCAAGAAGAUCUGACAAGUCACCAUAACUUUGGAUCAGUGAACAACGACUUGAAACACAAGCAAAUCUUAGAAGUGCUUGAGCCCGGUGCUGGAUACCAGAAUGCCUCAUCGAGAUCAUCUCAUGAGGUGCCAAUACUUACCUCCUUUGUUAGACACGAGGCGGCCAACGUACAGAAACAUCACCUAAGUGCUAACUAUAAAUGCACACCCAUGGUGAAUGACUCUUGUGAGGGUCAGACAUCAAAACAUUUCAGAAAACAUGGAAGCUCACUAUCACCUCAGCACUUUAGUGAACACCAGAGCAGCAAAGCAAAACCUUUGAUAAAUCCUCCAGCACUCCAAAUGUAUCAAAGCCCUUCUGGUGAUGAAGAUCAAACUCAGCAAGAACGACAAGAGGCAGCUCAUCUCACAAAAAUGGGACUGGACUGCAAUUUUAGCCAAGAGAGCAGACCAUAAACUUUGCUGUUAUUUCAAACAACUAGACAGAAUUGCUACUGCUAUGUGCAAGAUUUUUUUUUUUAAAUGUCUGCAACUAUUUGCUUGUGAAAUAAAUAUAUAAGCAUG